AGUCAUCGGUGGCGCGAUAGGAAACGAUAAGGCACGUCAGGGAAUCGCUGCACAAGUUUCUCAACUGGGCUACAUCGGUGGUCAUUCGUGCGACUGGGUUUGCGAUACACGAGAUCAUGAUGCGGCAUUUUUCUGGAUUGUGUCUGUUCUUAACCAUUCUCGUCUUGCGAGAAGUGUCUACUCAAGAUGAGAGAACAAAGAUUGUUGGCGGGACAGAGGCAGCUCCUGGCGAGUUUCCUUUCGUGGUUGCAUUGUAUCUAAACAACACAGAAGGAGAAGUUCAUUUCCACUGUGGAGCCUCUCUAAUAUCGCGGCACUAUGCAGUUACUGGAGCUCAUUGCGUCCAAGGGUGGUCGGCGUGGCGGUUUAAAAUAGUGGCGGGCACCGUGGACCUCGAAAACCCGAGCUCUGCUACCCAGGAGAUCUUGGUUGAAGAGGUCAUUGAGUACGAGCUCUUCCAUUUUGAAGUCGGGACAGCCAUUCCUACGAACGACGUGGCUCUGCUGAAGUUACAAGGAGAAGGCGCCUCAGGAACAGGAACGGGAUUCAUCAGCGUCGUGGGCCAGGACCAAGAGCUUCCCGUAGGCUCCUCCUGCACUGUCCUGGGCUGGGGCGCAACUCAGGACGGUGGAGCCAUGUCACCAACACUGCGCAAGGUGGACGUGGUGGUGCAGGAUCAAGCCACCUGCUUCGAGAGCUACAAUUACCUCUUCAGACCUACAAUGUUGUGUGCCGGCUAUCCUGAGGGAGGCGCUGAUGCUUGCCAGGGGGACUCGGGCGGUCCUCUGAUCUGCGGUGGGGAGCUACACGGAGUUGUGUCCUGGGGAGAUGGGUGCGCCAAGCCUCAGAAAUACGGCAUCUACACGAGACUUGCUGUCUUCUCAGACUGGGUUGAGAAACACAACUUCGUUUUAGGUUAUCCUGACGAUGAAUGAACUUGCUGUCUUCUCAGACUGGGUUGAGAAACACAACUUCGUUUUAGGUUAUCCUGACGAUGAAUGAACUUGCUGUCUUCUCAGACUGGGUUGAGAAACACAACUUCGUCUUAGGUUAUCCUGACGAUGAAUGAUCUUGAUAAGGAAACAUUACUAUCAUUAAACAUUGUUAUCAAAUUUCAUUAUUGUAAUCGAUCGGUCACUUCAUGAGUAUUUGCCUGGGGUUGGAAUAAUUGAGAGAUUACUUAGGAUUACUGAACAUAAAUCCUGAUCCAAUACAUCAAGUUGUUUAAAAAUAAAAAUAUAAAUUCAACAUACCGUUGGAAGUCAAUAUGUAUAAGCUUGCAUUAUAUUUAUUUAGCUGAUUAUGCUUCAGGGACCAAGUUUACUUUGCUAAACACU